AUGGACUCGUAUGAUGAUUUAUCUAAGAGGUUUUCAAUUCAGUCUUUUCAUGAAGGCUUUGUGGAGUUAGAAGAGCUUGUCAGUAGCGACAAUGAAUUAGUUUGGAAAGAACGCGCGCGGUGGAUCAAACUCGAAGAGGACGUUGAAGAAUGUGCGAAUCGUUGGGGAAAACCUCACAUUCCUUGCCUUACAUUUCGUAGCUUGAGGGAUGUUGAAACAAAUCUUCAAAAUGGAAUAAUCCUCCUGGAUCUUCAGAGCAGUAGCUUGUCCUCCAUUUGUGAUGCUAUUAUCAACGAGAUCAAAUUAUUGAAGAAGUUACCGGACGAGGAAUGUGACGCAGUGAAAGCUCUCCUGUUGACAAGACAUGAACAUCAGUACCAACAAAGAAAGUCUCGCACCAACGCCUUUGCCCGCCCCCUUUCGAGGAUUAUGCCUCAGGGGCAACGCCCAAGACCACCGUCGAUUGGGCAUAAAGGUCACUUAUCAAGCGUUAUGGAAAAGGAUUCUAGCUCUGAAAGUAAAAAUGAGUCCGAGUCGGAUUCAAUGUAAGUAGAGGUUUUUCUCACGGUAAUUUAGUUAUCUUGACAUAAUCUAAUGCGCUAAAUUGUUUACCGGUAAAAAACACACACAUAUACACCGAAACAACGUAUCUGCCCCAUGAACCUGUUAACAUUGGUUUUCACGAGCGACGGAUUCGGAGUCGCGGGGCCUUUUGCGGAGACGGUUUCGGAGUCGGUCAGAAGAAUCAUAACGUUCCUGUUUUCUCCCAAUUCUGUUCAUAACUUCGUCGCUUACGAUUUAGUGAAAACCAAAUUGUCGAAGUCGGAACUCGAAGCGGAAGGAUAAACCAAUCACAAUGCUCGUUGCCAUGCUUUCCGGUUUCUCCGUUCUGAGAAAAGGUAAGCUUCCACACGUAGCGUAUUUAAAUCGUUUUCGCCCGUCCACAUGAAAACACUAAUAUAUACAUUUAGCCAGGGCUAAAAGCAAAGCUCUCGAUAAUAUUUAAACAAAAUAUAGAAUCGUGUAAUGUUAAGCGGCGAAGGCAACGCCGGAGAAUGGUGAAAAACAACAAUAGAUCUAAUUAGCAAAAAAAGCAACUUUGCACGUGCAGCACACUUCUUUUGUACAUGUCUUUGCCGUUGUUCGAAUGCAACGUGAAACUUCCAGAAACUUCUUAGUUACACGUUUUAUGGAGGAAAUGUCGUACGUGUUCUCGUUCACUUUUUUUUCACUGCCGCUCAUUUUUACCUUGCAUUGGUGGCCGCUAGCAUUUCCCAUUUUGUCACCGCUGCUACAAAAUUUUCAUGUUGUUCUUCCAACAAAAAAAAAUGCCUCCUUUGUUUCUUAUCUCUCGCUCUAGACCUCCAGCUCUGUCGCCCGUUUUCUCGUUGAGCUUCGCUGGCCUCCCGCCUACUUUCUCUUUUUCUCUGUCUUUCUCCUGCUCUAUAUUCCAAAUUUGUGGACAGGACAAUUAAUCUAAACUAAAUACUUUAGACAACACGGAUACAGAAACAAUUUCCGCUUUCCGUUUUCGUCUUUAUUGGCUCUUCAGUUGUCUCUGCUUUACAAGACGCGGGUGGCUAUGCGAUUUCCCGCCAAAAUAACCUCGAGUUACACUUGGGUUGCCAUACCUGUUGAUUGAGUUAUUUUACAUUGGUAUGCCUGUGGUACGGACGGACGGUUGGGCGGUCGGUGUACGGUCACGUGAUUACCAAGUAUUCUCUAAUGGGUAGAUUACUUCAUUUUCUUACCCAUGGUGCUCCGCUGGCGCGCUUCGCGCGCGAGAGCUCCGCUAAAAUGAUGGAAAUACGAUAGCAUCACUGAUAGUGAAGGUUUUUGAAAACGCCGGCUUCCCGUCUGGUGACCGUUAUUUUCGGUGCCCGAAACGCCGUUUACAUGUGAACGGUAAGUUAAAAAGAAGAAAAAAACCUCCGUUUUCAAAAAUAUCCGGUUACGCGUGGACGGGGCCUAAGUUCUUCAGCUUCUGCAUGGAUAAUAGAAAGACCAGUCUUUCUAUUAUCCAUGGCUUCUGCUAGCGAAUCCGACAACCUAGUUUUCACUAGAUGGUAAGCAACCGAGUCGUAAGCGGAUACAAACGUUGUUUUCACUAGAUCAUGACGCUCUAUACCUCUUCCGACUCGAUCGCUAGAUAGUGAAACCAGCCUUUAGAAUGCGGUGGAUGAACUAUGUAAUGGACGAAGCUCAAUACGACAUCGGCCGGUCAUUAGGAGCCUAUAAUAGCGCGGUAUUAAGACAAUCGUUUGUAGACGCCGAAUGAUUAAUAAGCAACCUAAACGAUGUUUAUAAAUUUCAGUGACAAACUGUUCGCAGACAUUACCUUAAUUGUAAUACCUCGCUUAAGAUAGGAAUACCUUGGAAAGUUGCUAUUCACGCAAUUUUUGUAACCCUGGAUUUCUUAUUUUGAAAGAAGAGACUGCGAGACCACGCUAGUUGUUCUUUCUCGAGGGUGUUUUUUCUGGUUCAGUCUGUGAAUGAUCAAUCAUGUUUGGACAGGCUGUAGAAGUGAAGACCACGUAUACGGCAAACGUCAGAUUCAACUUGAGAAUUUCUCAAAAUAGAAAAUGAGCAGAUAAAAACAGCUCAAAACAAUUCUUAAGGAUAAAAAAUUGCAUAAAACUACUAAUUUAGGUGUAGAAUUAAUGAACAGUAAACGAAAAGUCAAGAGGAAACUUGGUCACGUCGUACAAAUUCGCGUUUGCCGUUUGACGUAAACGUGAUACUUAACUCUCUAUUACUAACCAUAACAAUAAUCUAAUAAACAGAAAGCUUUUGUUUUAUUUUCAGACCACGGGACAUUAAAGGUAAAUCAGUGUUGCUACCCCCGCCUAAAACAGAACCGCAGUCACAUGCAAAUGUAACCGAUUUAGCAAUCCCCGUGACGAGCUUCUGUGGAGAAGACUUCGAAACUGAAGAACGCAUAGAGAAGUCCGACAUCAGAAAUAAAAUUCCCGCCGAUGCGCAGACCACUACAGUUUUAGUUGGAGCUCACAAUGGUUUGUCCUGCACUGUCAGCGCUUUUGUGAGACUCGCUUUUGGCUGUGAACUGGGGAACUUUGCUGAGGUAAACAUCCCUGUAAGAUUCGUGAUUGUACUUCUUGGACCUGAUGAUGAUAACGUAGAUUAUCAUGAGGUUGGACGCUCUAUUUCAACGCUGAUGUCUGAUAAGAUUUUCCUUGAGUCAGCAUAUCGAGCAAAGGUAAGAGGAGUAAAAAAAUCGUUUUUCAAUGGAAUGUGUGUAGUACGCGUUAGGUGUGCACCCUUCCCCCUCCCCUGCACCCCAAAUAGUCCCCAUUCUCCCCAGGUACCCAAAAUUGUGCCUAAGGCUAUGUUCAUACUAUAACGGAAAGCUUUAGCGCCGGCAUGAAAACCAUACCCGAUAUAGGGCUUCUAUUCACUCAUACUAAUCAGCGGCGUAUCCAGGGGAGGAGCCCAGCCCCGGCUCCUCCCCCCCCACCCCAUUUAAGAUAAAAUGAGGCCGGAAGGGCUAAAAAAACAUUUUCUUGAGACCGCCCCCCUUAUCUCAGGGUCUGGAUGACCGACACCUCCCCCACGCCUUACCUGAAAGUUGGGAUCCGCCACUGCUAAUGGUGAUUUCCCUGCACCGAUCUCCAAAGUGGAGAGUCACAUAUCGAUCAGAUUGCUGUUCGGCAUACUAUACCGGUUGGGUUUUCUUGUCGGCACGGAAAGCUUUACGGUGGAGUGUUAACAAAGCCUAAGAUCAAACGGGAUUCAAACCCCGAUGAAAAUUCUAGGUUUGCACUGUGGAGUUUGGGGGUAACUUUAAAAUUGCUCGCCUCCCAAAGGGUAUCAAGCUUAUUCCUCUUCUUAAAGCAUGCUCCAUGAGUAAGUAAACAGGAUUCAGGUACUUAAUCUUAAUGAUACAUAUGAAAACAAAGAGUGUUUACUUUGGUCCAGGGUUUCAAUAAAGUCGGUUAUCGCAUCACUUCCUCUUUUAACUAAGAUGAUUUUUAAUAAUGCACUAUAAGGUCGUCAAUUUACGUGACUUUAGAUGCAAUGCUGAAUAGCAUUUGAACGAUGUAAGAGACGCCGAACGAGAGACGGAAGUCCUUUCACUUAAAUUUACACCUUCGCGCACGCUCAGUAGUUCAUCCCCUCAUUCCUGGGACUCGAGGCUUGGGGUAACGAAUAACAGUAAUUUGUAUGAACUUGUCUGAGUUGUCAAGCCAAGCCUCGACCUCGUGCGUGUUAUUGUGUUUGUUCAUUGGCGGGGGAUGCAGGACAGGUCUGUACACAUGACAGUCCCCUCGACAGUGAAACUCUUUUUCAAUCCCACCAAUCACUGCUGGCGAGCCUUGAGCGGUACUCUGUGUAUUCGGAUGAGAUCAGUAGCUUUUUACCCGUGUGUAGGGGCUUUUUUAACACUCCAUGGAGCUUUAAACCAGUAUUGAGAGGAUAUAAACGCUUUUUUCGAGGUGUUGAACUGGAAGAAGCUGGUGGUCGAGGAUCCUGCUCCUGUGGGUAACCCUGACACAACGAAGUUCUAAUGAGAACGGGCCUUUUGUUAGAAAAAAGUAUAUCACCAUUAAGAAGUGUUAGCGCCCAUAUUUCUAACUUAUUCUUUUCUACCUUAGAGCCAACAAGAUCUGCUGGAUUCUUUGAACUGUUACAUGGGCGAUUGUCUCAUCAUCCCGCCAGGGGAUUGGGAUCGAAACCUAUUGAAUCAAACGGUGCCCAUAUUGGCCAAUCAGGCUAAAGCACUGUCUUGCAGAAGAAGGCGCGGUGGGAGUACAACCAGCCAGGGGGUGCAAGAAAACAUCUUCCGCGAGGUAAUUCAAGAAAACGAGGCCUCCAACGACCCUCUUGCUAGAACAGGAACAUUUUGUGGUGGACUCAUACGCGAUAUAAAGAGGAGGCUACCUUUCUAUGUCAGCGAUUUUAAAGACGCUUUAGAUGUACAUUGUUUACCGACAAUUAUCUUCGUUUACUUUGCGUGCCUUGCGCCCGCCAUCACCUUUGGUGGUUUGCUAAGCGAAAAGACUGAUCAAUGGAUGGGAGUUUCAGAAAUGAUCCUGGCCACCGCAUUGUCUGGCGUUUUGUUUGGUCUGUUUGCAGGCCAACCUCUAAUUAUAAUAGGAGCUACCGGACCAAUACUUGUGUUUGAGAAGAGGACAUUUCAGCUCAGUAUGCGUUUUGGUAUUGAGUUUCUUCCUUGGCGUGCCUGGGUAGGGAUCUGGGUGAUGGUUAUCUGUUUCCUCAUCGUUGCUCUCGAGGGUUGCUUUCUCAUCAAUUACUUCACACGUUUUACUGAAGAAAUAUUUGCUUUGAUGAUUUCCAUAAUUUUUUUGUAUGACGCUUUUAAUUAUGUAGGGUACGUGUUUCAAUUGUAUCCCUUGGGCGCUGAUUUGUCAAGAAGCUCCUUUGUAUCUUCUAACGCCACAAGUGUCACCGACAUGCCAGCCACUGACACCCCAGAUCAAUCAACAGCAAAUACUGCUCUUUUCACAGCAGUUUUAAUGCUCGGAACCUUCUUUGUGGCUUUUUCUUUGAGAAAGUUGCGACACAGCCAUUUUUUUGGACCAAAAACCCGGCGUAUUGUCAGUGAUUUCGGGGUUUUCAUCGCCAUUGUUGCUAUGGUAACAGUUGACUGGUUGACAGAGGGCGUGUACACUCAGAAACUGUCUGUCCCGGAUGGGUUAUCGGUGACGUCACCAAACAGGCACAGCUGGUUAAUAAACCCCAUGGGAGUUGAUGAACCUAUGACCGCUAACGCCAUCUUUGCAGCUCUGGUUCCAGCAAUUCUCGUCAGCAUUUUGAUCUUUAUGGAAGUCGAAUUUACCGGGGUCAUCUUAGACAAGAAAGACCACAAACUGAAGAAAGGAGUAGGCUACAACUUGGAUCUCUUCGUCUUGGGACUGCUGGUUGGUCUGUGCUCAGUUUUGGGUCUUCCUUGGAUGUGUGCCACACCUGUGCACACGCUGUCACACUUCCACGCUUUGACAGUGAUCAGCACUAAUCACGCCCCAGGGGAGCACCCUCGUCUCAUCGGAGUCAAAGAACAGCGUCUUACCAACAUUGUGAUUCACCUGCUCAUAGGCUUCACAGUUCUGCUGUCACCCGUGAUGCGUCUCAUUCCAAUAUCUGUUCUCUUCGGGGUGUUUCUUUUCCUGGGCGUGUCCUCUUUAUCGCAUAUUCAGCUAGUGGAACGAGUCAAGCUGCUUUUCAUCCCAUCCUCCCAUCACCCUGACGAGACUUACGUCACAAAUGUCAAAACAAGCAAGAUGCAUUUUUUCACCAUCAUUCAAGUGUGUUGCGUGUGCGCGCUUAUUGCCAUGAAACUGACAGUUGCUGCUCCCUUGUUUCCCUUUUUUAUCAUCUGCAUGAUCCCGCUUCGCAAGCUUUUAGAGCGGUUUUUCUCCAACCAAGAGCUGGAGGCUUUAGACACUGAAGUAGAAGAUGUCUAUGACAGUGAUAUGGACGAAUACGAUUCAAUUCAUGUUCCAAUCUGA